ACAAGAUGGCGGACAACUUUUCGAGAUUUGGUCGAGCUGGAGGCCGGAAGCCUCUGCCGGAGGAGCCUCCCUACACAGCGUAUGUGGGAAAUCUACCAGAGAGAGUGGUGCAAGCUGACAUCGAUGAAAUUUUCAACGGACUCAAUAUCCGCUCCAUCAGAUUGGUGAGAGACAAGGAAACCGAUCGUUUCAAGGGCUAUUGUUAUGUUGAGUUCGACAGCAGAGAUACCUUGGAGCGAGCUCUUGAUUACGACGAGGCCCAAGUCAAUGGGAAAGUUAUUAAAGUCGACAUAGCCGAUGGUCGGAGGAACGAUCGCGGAGGAAACCGUGGAGGACGCGGAGGCGAUCGCAGAGGCUUCCAAGACAACAGACCCCCAAACAGAGACAACCAAGGAUUCAAUCAAGGUGGCUAUGGGGACAGACUUCAAGGUCGAGGGGGCAAUGGUGGAUUCAGAGACAAUUUCGGAGGCUCCCGAGACAACUUCAGAGGCGACAUGGCCGCCAGUAGAGACUUCCAAGGUCCUGCCUGGGGUAUGCGCCGCGACCAACGGCGAAACAAUGGACCGCCCGACAACUUCGCCAGACAAGGAGAGUUCAAGGAGCCCACUCGUGAGGAUUCCGAGCUGAGACCGAAACUCAAGCUCGCCCCGAGGACAGUUGCUGCGCCUGUCGCCGAUAUAGCCGAUACGUCGACGAGGUCGAAAAUAUUCGGGGCUGCGAAACCACGUGAUGAAAAAGUCUAUGAGGGCAAAGUUCGACGAUCAUCCGAAUCAAGUGGCACUGGUUCUGUAUAUAAAGAGUAGAUUGAU